AUGGCGUCUGUUGAUCCAACAAUUGCCACAACUGUUGCAGCCUCUACCUCAUCAAAGACAACCUGGGGUGCACUGCACAUCCCCUAUACGAACAAGCCUCAAACCAGAAUUUUCAGUCUACGUGGUCGACUUAUGCUCUCCAAUUUUGAACUUAUUGUCAAGAUCCUGAGUGGUCUAGGUCCAGAGUUUCUUGAAAUUUCUGCUGCAAUCCGUGCUUGUGACUCUACUAUUACUUAUGAAGAACCUUAUGAAAAACUUCUAGAUCAUAAGCUUUUCCUUCGACAUGAAGAGUCAAAAAAGUUGCCAGCAAUUUUAUUUGUUAAAACAGUUUCAGUUAAGCUGGAAAGACUUCUAAUUGGAUCAGUGAAGCAAUCAAAGAGUGGAUUAGAGGAUCUGUUGGCAUCUAUGCUCCUCACUUCUCCAGGAACUCCUCUUGUUCCUUCACCAGAUGGAAGUGAAUCAAAGUUAGUUUCAGUGGAUCCAAGAGGCGCUCAUUGGUCAGAUCAGCCUCCACUAAUAAGGCUUCAAGGAAUCAAAAAAGAUAAAUUCAUCGACACAGCAGCAAGACAGUUUAUUCUUCUCUUGAGAACUUAUAAAUUGGUGCACAAGGAUAACAAAUUGAGCAUACAAUUGCGGAAGUUCCUAAGUCCAGAAGGUGAACGUCCCUGCCAAAUGUUGACAAUGAAGAGUUGCAAGGGUUAUUCACUUAACAAGGAAAUGGAAACCUCAGCAUCUAACACAAGAAAUGUCGGGGAAUUAUCCAACAAAAUUGAAUACUUGAGGGAAAGGAACAACGUAAUGGAAGAUGAACCGAAAGAAAUGCAAGAGAGGUAUCCAGAAAUAAGCCUCAAGUUUGUUGAUUCAGAUUCAUCGUUUGCUUUGUUACAGACAUUUGAAGAAGCUAUUGUUAAACUGGACACUUUGGGUGAGGAAUCCUACGAGGAUAGCACCUUUAUCAUACAGUUGUUAAGGGACAAUCUCACUCUCUGGAGUUCCAAUAUGCAGGUACCAAUUGUAGCAUGCACAUCAUAAUCAGGCAGUUGCAGAGUUCGGCCCACAAAAGAUGAGUUCUCUUACUUCGGGGACUUCAGUUAGAUGUUAUUCAUGUAAUUUAUUUUCUUACUCAUAUGUAUUGAUUAGUGGUAGUUGGAGUCGCGUCCCAUAGAUAUAUGGUCAGUAUGGUAGAGACUUCAUAGAUAGUCAGUAUAGUUGAUGUAUUCAGUUUCAGUUUUGUUUUGUAUAAGCAGAGUUGUAUUCAUCUUAAUGUAGCUUUGUAUUGAUCAAGUUCAUAAAACAUUUAUUUUUUCGCAUUUUU